AGAUCAUCUAUAUUAUCUUCUCUAUCUGCAUCAGACAAUCCCAGCAUGCACUACAGAACGCUGCUGAUGUACACUGAAAUAGGCUGCUUCGUAGCGUGCGUCUGCGGCUGGAUCUUGAUCUGCUCCACUAUGCCCACGGAGUACUGGACUUACUCUGAGGUGGCCAGUUUAGUCCUCACAUCUUCCCACUAUUUCUCCAACCUCUGGAAAGACUGUCUCUCCGACUCCACCGGUGUGUCCGACUGCAAGGAGUUCCCCUCGCUGCUGGCUCUGCAGACACACAUUCAUCUGUGCCGAUCUCUCGUCAUCACAUCCAUAGCUCUGGGAUUCUUCGGAUCCGCUCUGGCUUUGGUGGGGAUGAAGUGCACAAAACUCGGAGGCUCUGAAACUGUGAAUGCAAGAAUAACCUUCGCUGCAGGGAUCAACUACUUGUUGUCAGGUCUCUGCGGCAUGUUGGCUUACAGCUGGUACGGCCACAAGGUGAUUGCGGAGUUCAUGGAUCCCAACUACAAGGCCAAAAAGUUUGAGCUGGGAGUGGCGCUGUUUGUGGGAUGGGGCGGAUCGGCGCUCCUGCUGGCCGGAGGACUCGUGUACAGCGUCACCGCAGGGAACCAGGCCUGCCAGUCCAGCUCCAAGACCCAAGAGAAGUCAUAUCAGAGUCGUUCCUCUGAGGCGAAGCAGAAGUCGCUGUACACUCAUCCGCCAUCGCCCGUCCCGAACAGAGCCAAGCCGAAGCCGAAGCCCGAGCCCGAGCCCAAGCCCAGCAGGCCUGCUAAAGGGUUUCACAGUGUGGACGCCUAUGUCUGAUAUCCUCCUGUUUUACCAUGCGUUUAUCUGGAAAACCUCUUUAUUGGUAGUGUAAAGCAUUCUGUGAAUCUUUAUGCAAGUCUUUUUUUAACAUCAUCAACAUUGUGAUCAAGACACAAAAUUAAUUGUUUUACAGUAAUAAAUUGGAGUGACUUUAGUCUAUCCUGAUGACUGUGUCACGGUGAUGCUCUUCAAAUCUCCAUUAUCUCAGAUUUUAGUCGUUUCGUCUCUUUGUUCCUGUUUUAACUGGAUUAUUCACUGCUGCCCCAUGUUAGUCCGUCAGCGUGUGCAGGGUUUAUCACUGAUGAAGCGGAAGAGAUGCAAUGUCAAAUACAGUCGCUUUUAUGAAGCAACAAAAACACUUUUCAUUCAGACCUUUAUGUACUGGGUAAUACAGAGCCAAUUUUCUGCCAUAAAGUAAUGAAACUUGUUUGUUAACAAAUGAUUAAUGAAAUCAUUGUUUCUGCCGAAAAUUAUUACAUUGUUUAAAUUAAUACAUUUCUAGCUACCUGUGAUUUUGUAUAUGUACAUUUCUGAAAUAACUUAGACAGUUUCCUCUGAUAUCAGAUCACUCUAAAUUGUAAUGUGGACUCAUGCAUUUUCUGUAAAGCUGCAUUGAAACGUGUAUUGUGAAAAGCACUAUACAAAUAAAUGUGAAUUAAAUAUAAA